AUGUCGUUUCCGUGGAACCUUUUGGACGAGCUACAACGGCAUCGCACGGUCUGCCUGCUCCAGUCAAAACGGGUAUCGAUUGCGUUGCUGGUUGAUAUCUUCGUCGUCGUUUCGUCGAUCUGCGGCAGAUGGUCGGUGCCAUUACGUCCCAGGCUGCCAGAAGGUGGUGGGCGAGACCUGAUAGGCGACCUUUCGUUUCCUGGCUCAGUUCCGCAACCGUCUGUGCGGCCAUUGGAGUUCCUCAAAGUAUUCCCUCCAUCGCCGAAGAAUGUCAUCAUCUUUGGUAAGAAGGUGUCCAGAUCUGUCCUUCAAGACUCUGAGACUGCCCUUCUUUUCACCGCGGUGCCGGCGGAUGGUCUGCCAGAAUACUUUGUUUGCCGUGUGGAAAUUCGACUCCUACACUUCACCGAACUUCUCCCAGGAAUCAGCUUUGGCCUUUUCCACUGCUUGGCUGCCGCCUUGCGUGCCUGUACAUACCGCAAGCGACUAGAAAUUUCUUUGUUUCCAAGCCGUUUCUUUAACGCUGCCUUCCUCUCUUUAACUGUCAGCUGUACCUCUCGAGUCUACCAGGCGGCUGGUCGACCCGUUCAAAUCCGCAGCAUUCUGUGGCAGCCUAUGCCGCUCUUAAACAGCUGCCAUUCGGUUUCCACAUCAGUGGACAUCACCGGGAUCUGUUCAAACAGUCGUGCGAUGUUGUCUGCAAACUUCGUUCUCGUGUCUAUCGAAGAUAAUGUUUCCUAUUUCAUUUUAUGGUUGCUUCUGAAAACAGAUCUUCGUAUGGUGCUCCAUUUCCUUCAGUACAGCAUAACCAGCAACAAGGCGGUGAUCCGUUGA